AGCAGAUAGCCCACACUGAAUAACCCAUCCCUGGCAAGACCAGAUGGCAAACGGACGGGACGCCCGAUUUCUAAGCGGUAAUUGUCUAGCGUCUAGAGGCUAUCUACGUGCCUCGAUAGCAAGGGGUUUUGCAGCCGACCUACAUGGGUUUCAUAAGUAUUGGGCCUCACUGCGUUUGACACUAGAGACUUCUCCCCCUACACGCCACACAGUAGUCGUCUAUCAACGACUAUUUCUUGAGCUAUAGGAAGUGCCGCAUCCUUUGCUUCCUUUUUUUCUUUCUUUUUUUCUCUUUCGUGUCUUCUUCCCAUUAUCCUAGUCGGCUGCCCAACCUAGCAUCUCUGGUGCCUCGAGAGCCUCGAGCGACGCUGCGAACACACCAAAACAACACGCGCGCACGUCGUCCCCCCGAGAAACGGCAAUGUCUUCAGCGACUUCGACCAUAGAAAAGGCCGUAGAGGCGGGCGUCUCGGACCGGACGCCCACCGGCAGCGGCCUCUUCGAUUCGAAAGCAGAAGCAGGCGUGCCCGCCGGCACCACCGUGGCCGAGACCGAGGCUGAUCCGUCUCCGCGCAAAAUCCACGGCAUCAUCUGGGCUCUAGUCGUCAUCUCGAUCCUAUCCAGUAUCUUCCUCUACUCUCUCGACAACACCAUCGUCGCCGAUGUAACACCGGCCGUCGUCAACACGUUCGCGGACAGCUUCAAGCUGCCGUGGCUCUCCGUCGGCUUCCAACUCGGCGGCACGGCCUUCGUGUUCCCCUUCGGCAAGCUCUACGGCCUGUAUGACGCGAAAUGGCUCUACAUCCUCUCCUCGAUCAUCUUCAACGUCGGGUCCGCCGUGUGCGGCGCCGCCCCCAACAUGGACGCCCUCAUCGUCGGCCGAGUCCUCGCCGGCAUGGGCGGCAACGGCAUGUACCUGGGCGUCAUGACCCUCCUCUCAGUCAAUACGUCCGACCGUGAGCGGCCCGGAUAUCUAAGCUUCGUCGGUCUGGUUUGGGGUAUCGGCACGGUCCUGGGCCCCGUCGUGGGCGGCGCCUUCGUCGAGAGCCCGGCUACGUGGCGUUGGGCAUUCUACAUCAACCUCUGCGUCGCGGGGCUCUUCGCGCCGGUCUACCUGUUCUGGAUCCCGUCCUUCAAGCCCCGGCCCGAGACCAAGUUCCUGCCGCUGCUCCGAGAGUUCGACGUGGUCGGCGCCGUGCUCGUCGUCGCCCUCCUGAUGACGCUCAUCAUGGGCAUCAAUUUCGGCGGGACCCUGUACGCGUGGAACAGCGGCUCGAUCAUCGCCCUCUUCGUCGUCUUCGCCGUCAUCGCCAUCUCGUUCGCGGUCCAGCAGACCUUCAGCAUCUUCACCAGCGAGAAGAACCGCAUGUUCCCCGUCCAUUUCCUGCGCAACUGGAACGCCGUCCUCCUCUUUCUCUGCGCCGCAGCCAUCAACACCGCCGGUUUCAUCCCGAUCUAUUAUAUCCCCCUCUACUUCCAGCUGACCCGGGGCGACUCGGCCAUCGAAGCGGCCGUCCGGCUGCUCCCGCUAAUCAUUAUCCUCAGCGCAGCCAUUCUCGCCAACGGGCAUCUUAUGUCCCGUCUUAGCUACUUCCAGCCCUGGUACAUUAUAGGGAGCGCAUUGGCUUUGGUUGGUGGUGUCUUGCUAUCGCUCAUCGAGGCCGACACGCCCCAAGCUCAGAUUUACGGUUUUGAGGUAUUGGUCGGGAUCGGCUCGGGUUGUCUCAUUCAGGCCGGUUAUGCCGUUAUCCAGGCCGUGGUUGAUCCAGCCGACAUGGCAUACGCCAUCAGCUACAUGAUGAUGGGGCAACUCAGUGGUAUCGGAAUCGGCUUGUCCAUUUCCGGCGCCGUCUUCCUCAACGAGGCGAUUCAAAACUUGCGCGCUCUGUUCCCCGACGCUCCGUACGAACAGAUCCAGCUUGUCCUGGCCGGAACCAGCAGUGGCUACUUCAGCUCGCUCACCCCCGAACUUCAGGGACUGGCCACGAAUAUCAUCGUCGUCGCGCUGCGAAAAGUCUUUAUCCCGGUCUAUGUGGGCGGAGCUCUCGCGUUGGUAUUGUCUGUCUGCUUCACGCAACGGAAAAUGUUCGGAGAUAUAGUCGCCAUCGCUGCUUGAAUGAAUGUAAGAUGCUACCACUUCGAAGGACGGUGCUAGUCGCAUGGCGGGGGUGGCUUGAUUGAUUUCCCUCCCAGGAUCCUGCAUAUCGAGCACGGAGUUAGGUGGUCUAUUAUCACUGCGCAUACAUGUGAGGAUAUCAAUCAAAAGUCGUGCCGUAUUUCGAAACUUCAUGGUUACUUUUAUUACAAUUUAAUUCCCUUGUGGCUUCUGCUCGUUCUGUCUUUCGUGUCACUGCGAUCGCAGACUCGCGAGGAAAGCAGUGCUAUUUUGGAGGAAACAUCCCUAUACAAAUCUCCCACUUCUUUCUCUGGCCAGUGGCUCGGCUGGUCUAAUCAUCAGAUGCUGAGCCGGCUGGAAAGUAACCGACAACUUAUUUAAAUGUAUAUAAUAUCACUCAG